UUCAGUCAUCUUAGCUAGCAUGUAGAAUCAGAGUUGUGUUUACAUGAUUUUGUAGUGUUUUUUAUUUAUUUGUUCUAGAUAUUUUUCUUGGAUUGGGAUUAUUUAGUGAAUCUUGUUUCUGUUUUAAGUGAAUCUUGAAUUAGCACACAAAUAACACAUUUAUGUUGCACUAAUUUUGAUAUUAAUGGAGCUUUUAUUAUGUAAAUAGGGAUCUUCUUACAUAGCAAAAAAAAAAAAAUUAGGGAUCUUCUGUUCUGGAUAUGUAGAGUACUUCUGCUGUGAUCUUGUUUCUUUAGGUUUAGUGUUGUUGGCAGAAAUUUAUUAACUUGAACUAAUUUGAUAUGAGCCAAGUUAGUGAUGACUUUCGAAUUUUUGAUUGUUUGUUUACAGGGCGUGAUUUGUACUUGAUUGCAAAGAUUUAUUUGUUGUUUUGUUAAAGAUUCGAUUUUUAGUUUCUUAGGUUAAGAUUUGUUGGCAAAAGAAAAUUAUCUUCAAAUAUUUUGAUAUGAGCCAAGUGAGUGAUGAUUUUCAAAUUUUCUGUUGUUUGUUUACAGGGUGUGAUUUGUACUUGAUUGUGGAAAUUUGUUUGUUUGUUUUGCUAAAGACUCGAUUUCAAGAAGGGAAAGUUUUAGAGUAAUUAUAGAUGGAGCAGAAGCACAUUUUGAUGUCAGCUUUGGGAGUGGGAAUAGGGGUAGGGAUUGGAUUGGCUUCAGGACAUACUGUGAGCAAAUGGACUGGUGGUGCUAAUUCCUCUUCGAACGCCGUUACGCCCCAAGCCAUGGAGCAGGAGAUGCUCAAUCUCAUAGUUGAUGGCAGAGAUAGCAAAGUCACUUUCGAUGAAUUUCCCUAUUAUCUCAGUGAGCAGACAAGGGUCUUGCUAACAAGUGCCGCAUUUGUUUAUUUAAAGAAUUUCGACUUUGCAAAGCACACAAGGAACCUUGCUCCAGCAAGUCGAACUAUCUUGCUCUCAGGACCAGCAGAACUUUACCAACAAAUGCUUGCAAAGGCGUUAGCCCAUUAUUUUGGAGCUAGGCUGCUGUUGUUAGACAUAACUGACUUCUCGCUGAAGAUUCAAGGGAAGUAUGGGUCUGCCGACAAAGAAUUUUCUUUCAAAAGGUCUAUUUCAGAAACAACUUUGGCCCGAAUGUCUGGUCUCUUCGAAUCUUUUUCCACCUUCCAAUCACGAGAAGAAUCCCCAGGCACAUUACGUAGACAGGGCAGUGGUGAUAUUGGUUCAAGUGGAUCAGAAGGAGUGCCUUCAAGCCUUCGUAGAAAUUCAUCUGCCGCAGCUAAUUUAAAUAGUCUUGGAGCAAAUACUCCUCUCAAGCGUACUAGUAGCCUAGCCUUUGAUGAUAAGCUUUUCAUACAGACGCUAUAUAAGGUUCUUGUUUCAAUGUCAAAAACCAGCCCCAUGGUUCUUUAUCUUAGGGAUGUCGAUAGGCUUCUAUGGAGAUCACAAAGGAUGUAUAUCUUGUUCCAUAAAAUGUUAAAGAAACUAACUGGAUCAGUGCUGAUUUUGGGUUCGCGAAUUGCGGAACCAGAUGAUGAUAAUAGAGAGGUAGAUGAGAGGCUUACUUCUGUAUUCCCGUACACCAUAGAAAUCAAACCACCUGAAGAUGAGACUCGUCUUGUCAGCUGGAAGUCUCAGCUGGAGAAAGAUAUGAAGAUGAUCCAGCAUCAGGAUACCAGAAACCACGUCAUGGAAGUACUUGCAGCUAAUGACCUUGAUUGUGAUGAUCUAGCUUCAAUCUGCUUGGAAGAUGCAGAAAUCCUUAGUAAAUAUAUUGAAGAAAUUGUGGUGUCUGCAAUCUCGUAUCAUUUGAUGAACACAAAGGAUCCUGAAUACAGGAUUGGAAAGCUAGUCAUCUCAUCUUCAAGUUUGUCCCAUGGACUGAGUCUAUUCCAGGAAGGUAAAUCUGUAAAAAAAGAUUCCUUAAAGCUGGCAAGUCAAUCCGAAGUCCCCAAGGAAGGACAAGGGGGAGCUUCUGUUGGUAAGAAGCCGGAUGUGAAAUCUGAAAGUGCAGUAUCCGGAAACAGAAGCGUUCCAGAAACUUCAGCUCCAACUGGGAAGGAUGGUGGUGCUACAAACCCAGUAACAAAGGCAUCAGAGCUUCCUCCCCCUGACAAUGAAUUUGAGAAGAGGAUAAGGCCAGAGGUUAUACCAGCAAAUGAGAUUGGUGUGACGUUUGCUGACAUUGGGGCCAUGGACGAAAUUAAGGAAUCCCUUCAAGAACUUGUCAUGCUACCUCUCCGAAGGCCAGAUCUGUUCACAGGAGGCCUUUUAAAGCCAUGCAGAGGAAUACUGCUUUUUGGGCCUCCUGGUACUGGGAAAACGAUGUUGGCCAAAGCUAUUGCAAAUGAGGCUGGAGCAAGUUUCAUUAAUGUCUCAAUGUCCACCAUCACUUCUAAAUGGUUUGGUGAAGAUGAGAAGAAUGUCCGUGCUUUGUUCACUCUAGCGGCCAAGGUCUCACCAACUAUCAUUUUUGUAGAUGAGGUUGACAGCAUGCUUGGACAGCGGUCAAGAGCUGGGGAACAUGAAGCUAUGCGGAAGAUAAAGAAUGAGUUUAUGACUCACUGGGAUGGACUCCUUACAAAACAGAGCGAGAAGAUCCUCGUUCUUGCUGCAACCAACAGACCAUUUGACCUAGACGAAGCAAUAAUCAGACGUUUCGAGAGAAGGAUACUGGUUGGUCUGCCUUCUGCGGAAAACAGAGAAAUGAUACUGAGAACACUGCUAGCGAAAGAAACUGUUGAUAAGGAUCUAGAUACGAAAGAACUUGCUAUGCUGACAGAAGGCUACACUGGAAGUGAUCUAAAGAACCUGUGCACCACUGCUGCUUAUCGGCCAGUUAGGGAAUUGAUACAACAAGAAAGGCUGAAGGAUCUGGAGAAGAAACAAAAAGUGGCAGAAGCGAAGAAGCUUCAAAAUGCUUCAUUCAUAGAAGAAAAGAAAGAGGACAAAGUCAUCAGUAUAAGACCACUGAACAUGACGGACUUCAGGGAAGCAAAAAAUCAGGUUGCGGCAAGCUUUGCAGCUGAAGGUUCUAUAAUGAAUGAACUGAAGCAAUGGAAUGACUUGUAUGGAGAAGGAGGUUCACGGAAAAAGGAGCAGCUAUCAUACUUCCUUUGAUAACUCUGCAGUAGUCAGAAGUGUGACAAUAACAUAUAUUUCUGUUCUGUUUCAUCCUACAGACGAUCUUUUAUCCAAGAAUAAGAUAGCCUUGAAAUAAAUUGUGGAGAAAACUACAAAGCAACAGAUGAUACCAACAGUUCAGUGUAGAACUUCAGUAUGUUUGUUUAAUUGUUUUAUCAGCACAAACUUUAAACUUUA